UGCGCAGCUCCGUGCUCAGGUAUCCGCGGCCCCGCCAUGGAGGACCCCGGCUAUAGGGGUAAAGCGGGGGGUGUGUUCUGUCCCUCUGUGCUGCGGGCUCCGUGCCGGGACACACACACGACACCCCGCUUUCCUCCCCGCGGGCUCGGCGUGGAAGUUAUACGGAAGCUCUGCCGGGCCCGGGGGGCAGCAGCUCCCUUUGUACAGCGGUGGAGGAGCAGAGGCGACAACCCGGACAGGAAAAAUACUGGAUGUGACAGAGACUCGGCAGUGGCGCUGGCUCCCUCCCCAGAGAGUGCUCACACCUCGGGGGGCUUUGCGGGCCCCCACGGGAACCUGCGUCCUCGUAAAAAGAGGGGUGUGAGGAGAACUAAGCCCCCAGGAAGCAAGAAACCCCCUUUUAUGGGAAACAGGGGAUGUCCCCAAACACACGCCGCUGAGCUGCCCGGUGCCGGCCGCUUAUUUCAUCAGCGCAUCCCUCGGGAGCACCCGCGGCAGGAGCCGCGCUCGGCCCUGGGGCGGCAUCACCUGCGCGGAGGGGCCGGGCGCGGAGGACGCUGCUCCCGGCCAGGCACGCCGCGGGAGGCGGAGGGCAGAGCCAGGGCCUGCCCGUGCCCUGCUGUCUGCUCACCGCAGAGCCCCGAGCCCUGUGCUGAUCCCCGGCAGCUGCCGCUGCUGCGAGCGGAGACCGAGGAGCAAGUGGAUGCACGGGAAAGUUUGCCUCAAACUUGCCGUGUUUAG